CUGUAAACUCAUGCGCAAGUCAAGCUGCAUUGACUCUUGUUUUGCUGUCGUCGGUCCUUGUGACAUGGAGCUUCACACACUGCCCGCACCACACCACCGAGCCCGACGACCCACUCCCUUGCCCACUGGUAUCAUGGCCAUCAUGUGCACCCGAGACAGAGAGCACCAAGGCAAAGUACACCUCACCCACCACACAAGGCCUCAUCUCUACACGCAUCGUGUGCCACCCGCUGUCUGCCUGCGGAUCACCCUUCCUGUCAAAUGUCCUCUCCAUGUUGCCCUCGGUCUGCAGCCAAGCCUCGACGUCAGCUGGCCCAGCACCAGGGCCGCCACCAUACACAAAGGGGAAGACGCCAAGCCUCGCCGUGGGGCCGACGCCUUGAUCACACCCUCCAAGUGGACCACCGAUAAGGGCCUUGCCCUCGAGCACGAUGGACAUGUCUGCUGGGAUGGAGUAACACACCAUAUUGCCGGGGCCGACGCAUCGCUGCACCGCAGCCUGUGCUUGCUCAUCGGAUGUCGCAGAGAUCGACAGGUCCAUCUGCACCUGAAAGACAGACAGAAGAAGGGCGUACGGAAAGACAGCAGGCGAGGCGGCUUGAUUGACUCUUAAGUGUGGUACCUGUCUAUGAGUGUCGUUGCCAGCCAUGUCGGCCACAUAGUGCGGCGAUGGCAGCCCAAUAAAGCCCCUGCGUGGCCUCCUGCGACCGUGAUGGCCCCCCAGGAUGUCUUGCAGCGAUGCCGCCCUCUUGACCCCCGAUGCAGGGUGGCCGACCAUGGUUGCCUGGUCGGAGGGCAGGCUGAGCAGCACCCACCCCACACCCAGACGCCUGAAGAGGUGCUCCAGGCCAUGCUCGGGGGUGGUCUGGCAUCUGUGGGUCAGAUGCAGCACUGACUCGUGUGGGCCUGCCGCACCCACCACCUCUGCCGUGGUUGGCGCCUCAUGGUCAGGGGCCGCCUCCUGGAUCCAGCAGACCAGGUGCUCGUUGGCCUUGGCCUUGGUCUUGAUGGAGGCCGUGAUGGCCACGUGGUCAGAUACCACAUCGGUGGCGCCGGGGGCCGUCUCGCGACUCAACGCUGCUGUCAAGGCGGGGCUGUACAUGCCUGAACUCGAGGCUGCACACACAAGACAGACAGGCAGACCCGAAAGAGAGGGAAAUCUGUAUGCGCUCGAUUAUCUUUCUGUCUGCUUUGCAGCCUCUUGUGCCUGCCUUCCUACCUACCUAAUUUGGCGAGCUGUCCGACGUCGAAUGCGGCGAGAGGCGAGCACCGGACCCGUUCGACAGUGAGGACAUCGGCCACCGACACCUCGAUGACCAGCGAUGCAAUCUUCCAACGCGCGAGGGCCGCGCAGUCGUCAGCUGGACUCGUGCAGUAGCGAAUGCUGCAUCGCAUUCACGCAGAGAACCAACCAAGCACACAAAUCAUUCAUUAAAUCAUUCACUCAGUGAGUAAGUAAGCUGCGGUGUGUCGGCUGACUGACUGACCUGACGAUGCAUCCGGGGUGUGCUAACGAGGCGACACAUUUAAGGCCCAGCAGCUGCUCGGCGCCCGGUGCGAAGACCGACGUAUUGGCACCGCUCUGAACGACCGCCCAGGCCUCAUCAAAUGGUAUCGUCCCCUCGCCGCCCGCCGCAUUCUCCCACUCGUCAAGGGCCGACAGCUCUACUGACAGGGUCUGGGCCGGCAGGCUGGAGGCGUUUCUGAUGACGACAUCGACAUGCACCAGCUCGCCCUCAUACAGCAGCGAUGACGGGAGCGGCCGCGGCACCUUGCUGCAUGUGAGGGUGGGCAGCUCUUCCACCACCUCAAAUGCCGUCAGGUAACUCGCCGACUUCUCGCCCGCAUCGAAGAACUGUGUCUGUCGACAGUUGAGGGCCGUGAACUCCACACCAAUGAGCCGCCCCCUGCCCAGCUGGCCGGCGCGCAUCCACAACUCACACACGACGUCGCCAUCGUCUGUCCGCCUCGCAUCUUGCGGCACGAUGCGGCUCCCUGCCAAUGGGCCGCCCGUCGGUGUGGGGGAAGUGGAUGAUGCAGCGCAUGACGACGGCAACACGACCGAUGUGGGAGGCGUCUCGAUCGGCACACCGUUUCUCUCUGCGAUGAGGUGCAGCCCGUCGAGCAGCAGUGGCAGAGGCAGGUACUGGCGAAAACACAGCUCCACUUUGCACAUGUCGCCACAGGGGAUGAUGCACGGGCCGCCAGACGGGGCAGCAACCGAGACUGUGCUGCUGGCCCGCUGCCGUUUGCCGAAGGGUGCGAAGAGGAAGACAUCCCGGUGUGCUGCGGACGGUGAGGGCAGGCUGACACGGGGGGUGGGGGAGGACUCAUCUUGCUCUUGUUCGGGCACACUGACCUCCACUGUGGUGGCCCACGACAUGGCCGGGGCGCCGGGGAUGGGCUGCCGGUGGGAGAGGGACGGGGUGACGAUGUUGAUGCUCACGAGAAAGGGCACAGGCGGCACACACGAUUGGGGGGACAGGUGGAGACGACUGGGGUCCACCGUCACGCGCAUGUCGGACGGGUCGCUGUAGACGAACAUCGAGGGCACACCGCAGCUCCCGCGGCGAGAGGUGCAUCGGCAGCUGCUGAGUAGCCUCAGGGGUGGGUUGAUCUGCGCGGCGACGGCCUUGAGCUGAUCGAUAAUCAUCAGACACCGCGUGAAGUCACGCUGGCCUUUGCUGACGUCCGUGGCCGUGGCCGUGGCCGUGCGGCCCGCCGGCGUGGUUUCCCUCCUGGCGCGCUCAUCCACAUCGAUCUCCAGUGCCAGCAGGGCAUAGAGGUACCACGCCUGCUUGGCCUUGCUGGCCUCAUUGGCGGCCACACCAGAGAGGAAGGUGAGCAUCUGCCGCUGCAGAGAUGGCCAAGAGGGUGAGCUGCAGGGCCACACACCGCAGGGGGAGGGUGUGCACGCAAAAGGGGGCGCGGAAGGGACGCACGACGCCCGGUCGCCCGAUGGACUAAUCGACGGCUGCACACUGGGCGGCGAGAGCCUCAGUUUCUGCUGGUGUCGCGCCAGAUGCUGACGGGUGGUCCUCUCGCCACUCUUGGCAGCUAGCUGCUGGUGCGCCGGUGAGGUUACUGCGCCACUAAGAACCCCACCUGCAUCACCAGGAUGAUGCAAGCACAUGGGGUCAGCUAUGACGACGAAGUGCCACCAUGAGGCCAGCAGAGCCACGAUCCUCUCGCAGUAGUGGAGGCUCUGGGACUGCAUCGCCAGCAUGAUGUACCAGCCAAAGCGGCGAUAGGCACCCAUGUAAGCACAGCACGAGCUCGCCUGUAACAAGGCCUCCACUCGUUCCAUCGGGCCCAUGUCGAGGGUGGCUGACUGAUGGGGCUCUUGUGGCGUUGAGGACUCCGGGAUGGCGUGUGGGCCGUCUGUGAGAGAUCGAGGGGCGGCAGGGGGGAAGUGGAUGGCCGACGAGAGGGAGAAGGAGCCGUCAGCCACCGGGGAGGAUGCGAUGGUGGCGGUUCCUGAGCGCAUCGGCGGGCUGGUCUUGAGGGAUGACGUCUGGGGGUACGAGUGGGAGAGCGCACGGCUGGACAGGGGGAACACGUGCUGGUCCACCAGCUUGGUCAGCAGCUCCAGGGCGGCCCGCCUGCCCUCGUACAUCAUGGCCGCAGUGGCGCUGCUGCUGGAACUGCUGCUGCUGUUGCUGCUGGGCAUCCGCAGCUUGACGCUCCCCGUGACACUGCUGCCCAGGGCAUGUUUGUGAGCCUUGCUGCUGGUGUAGGGGUCCUCGGGCAGCGGCAGGGGCACACCACAUCUGGACAGGGUGAUGUACAGCCGCACCAGCUUCAAUGUCCCGUCGAUGUGCGGCAGAGCCCCCAUCUUUUGGAACCGCCCGAGCGCCUCUCGCUGCCGGCUGAUGACCGUCGCCAGGAGUGUAUUGCCCGCCUCACCCUCUGCCGUGGUGGCCGUUGUAGGGGGGGCCGAGCUGGGUGCUGAGUCAGGCUCCUCGUCCGAUCCACUCGCCGCUGUGGCACUGGCGCCACCGCCGGCCUUGGACUUGAUGGCCACCCCUGCUGUGGCCGUGGCGACGGCGGGAGCAAUGAACUGCAUCAUGAUGCCGCCCAUUUGCUUCUUGUGGCGGCUGUCGCACAGCUUCUGCACCACCGAUGGGAAGGACGGGCCAGGCAUGGCCGACGACACGAGCGACUCGCCAGAUGAGCCAGUGGUGAGAGCCCCCGUGCUGUUGCCGCCCUUGGCCUUGAGCUGCACCUCACCAGCCCGCAACCUGUGCUGCAAAUAGAGGUAAAGCGCCCCGGCCUCAGCCUCCAUCGUGGCUGCAUGCCAUAACGGGUCGCCCUCCGUGCCCGACGAGUGGGAGGGCUUCAUGACCUCCACGGCCGUGGCGUAGAAGGAGAGUGCGUCGAUAGGCGAGCCGACGAGCAGACAGAGGUCGCCCUUGUACUUGUGCUCCCGGUUGGCCUGCUGCUGCUGGUGAGGCGUGGCCCGGGAGGUGAGAAACUGGGGUGCGAGGUCCAGAGGGGUGUGCAGGGAUGGGGAGCGGCCGAAGAGGGUGCCCAGCUGACGCAUCAGGAAGGUGCAGAAAUCAUGCCUGCUUCCAUCCAUCAAGUGACAGACAAGAAGGCAAAGCAACAAAAUGUGUGUGCGAAUGAAUGGACAGGGUGUGGCGUGGUGCGGUGUCCUUAUUUAUGUUCAUACAUGACGGUUGUGAUGUAGUGGCUCAGGUGACGCUUAUCCUGUCAGUCAGGACACACACGCACCCACACACCACACACACACACUCCCUCUCUGGUGGGUGGCUCAUGUAUGUUGUCAGUUAGUUCCUUGGUCACUCACUCACUGACUCACUGACUCACUGACUGACUCACCUGGUUGGGGAAGAGCACAUAGUGGUCGAGUUCUUUCGAACGUGCCUCCCUCAGCUUGUGGGUCCCCUCCCCGCCACCAUCACCAUCCUCUUCCCUCUCAGGGAGCUCCUGCUGGUGGUCCAGUGGCUCGAACGCCAGCAGCCGGUGCACCAAGACGCUCCGCAGCCCACUCACUCGCCUCUGGUAGUCGCUCUUGUAGAGCUCCCGCGGGUCGCCACCGCACGAGGGGCAGUGCAAGAACCCCAGGGCACCGUAGAUCUGGUGCGACGGCCACAGCCAGUCCCAGUCGCCGGGCUCAUAGAUGGUGGCCUCGGAGGUGCCAUCGAGGUCAUCUGCCUCGAUGAAUGACAGGCGGAGUGCGCCGUGCUGUCUGGGCAAGUGGUGGAAGGGCGACAGAUAGGGGUCCAGCGGCGAGAGCGUCAAGCUGGCGAGGUCAAUGACGCUGCACGACUCCCGGAUCCAGCUGGCAUACUGCAAACACAUGAUAGACGCAUUCAACAGACCGAUGACAGACAGCGAAUGAUGAAUGAAUGAAUCAGUCAAGAGCCGGCGCUGCUCGGACAUACGGCAGCCUCUCGUUCAUUCCUCUCUUUCUCUGUCUGUCUGUCCAUCACUUGGUGUCACCUUUCGGAAUUGUGUGUGGUCUGUCUUGCCGACGGGGAAGAGCAGCACGCGUAUUGUCCACGCCGAUUCAAACGAUGCAUCCAACAUCACUCUCACCGACAAACGUACCAGCCACCACCCUGGAG